AUGGCACAACAGACUCAUUACCCUCCCCCGCCCAUGUCAGCGCCCGCCCAUGUUACUUGUAAGAUGUCCCAUGGUGACACAACUGCCUCCAGCCUGGACUCUGCUCUGACCCGUCCAGCUUUUCCGCCGCCACCACAAGCAUCUCAAGCCCAAGGACCCCCCAAUUUUAGUUAUCCCCCGCCGCCCACUCAGUCGCCGCCUCCCAACGGACCGCCUCAUCAAGGAUCAUAUCCAGGACCUCCGUUGUCUGUGAGCCCGCCAGUGCCCACUCCUCCGAUGAAUGAGGAUAAGCAGUGGUUGCAGCAACAGUAUGCCGAGCAAAACGCGCAAAAUCAGCAACAAAACACCGCAGCCGGGCAGUUCCAGAAAUCACGAACUCCCUCUCUCUCACAACAGUCAUUACCCGCCGUGCAACUUCCAGGCGUCCCCGCACCGGGCCAGUUCAUCGGAGCUCAGGCGGCCAAUGAAGAUAGCGUGGGCACAUUCAAUGGGGGGAGUUACAGAAUCAGUCAUCGCGAUUCAAAUUCACUGCUCACCCUGCAGCUGGCUAUGGGUUGUCCACUGACGGUGAAGCCAGGUGUCAUGAUUGCUAUGUCGUCGAGCAUUACCCUGAGAGGUACUAUCACGUUUGGAUGGAAGAAGCUCAUCUCCGGCGGUGAAAUGUCCAUGUCUCACUACACUGGCCCAGGCGAGCUUCUACUCGCUCCGUCAGUUCUGGGCGACCUGAUUGUCUUACGAGUAGACAGCAAGGCCGAAUGGAAAAUAGGCAGGGACUCCUUUCUAGCCUGCACCUCGGGCGUGAGCCACAAAUACCAGGCACAAAGCCUCACCAAGGGCUUUUUUUCGGGGGAAGGGUUCUUUGUGUAUAAGAUCGCCGGGAGUGGGCUCCUCUGGAUGCAAAGCUUUGGAGCAAUCAUUAAGAAAGAGCUCCGCCGUGGCGAGACCUAUUUCAUAGACAACGGUCAUCUAGUCUGCUGGAAUUGCGACUACGAUAUUGAGCGAGUUGCAUCCGGCGGCAUCAUUUCGGGCUUGAGCUCCGGAGAAGGUCUCGCUUGCAAAUUCAAAGGCCCGGGGACAGUUUACCUCCAGACACGAAAUCUCAACGCUUUUGCGGGUCAACUGAAGGUCAGCACCGCGAGCGGAUAA